AUGAACUUCGAGCAGAAAAAAGCCCUCUCGCCCCUGACCGCCAUGCCCGGCGCACGGGGUGUUUGUCUGGAAAUGAAGUUACAGCAGAAGGCUCUGCAGCAACCUAAGCAGAAGAAAUCCAAGUCGGCUGAAUUUCUGAUGGGUGAAGAAGAAAGAGAUGCUGUGGUGGGAAUAGAAAACCCGGCUUUCGAUGCAGGAAGCAGCACUGAGCUUUCAAUUCCUCCGGUUUGGCCGGGGAGAGAAAUUCGAGGUGACAGGCCAGAUAGCACCCUUGCAGCUCACCAAAAAAAAAUGGAGCUGCAAGCCCCUGCCAAAGAAAGAGGAAAUGAACGCGCCCAAAAUUACUUUGACCCGUCCUCGGCGGAGCAGACAGACCCAAGGCACUGCGAGACGGCCGGGGUCAGCGCCGAAGAUGAGCUGGAAUUAACGAUAUCGAAUGCUGAUGAAAACCGACUGUUUGAAAGGAUGACUGCUCUGCUGAACGACGACGACACUCUGAUAAACAUCCCCGGUACGCCGCUCGCCUCCAGGGAUGAGGAGGUGUUGGAGGUGAAGGCGGGUGAUCCGGUGCUUCAGCGGCGACUGCUGCUCCACAGUGGUGGUGACGCCUCGGGCUGCAGGUCCUCUCAGGCCCGCGCCGCUGCCAAAACCCAGUCCCAGAGUCUUGCUGGGCUGGGAACCGAGGCUGGACUGAAAGCAGGGAGGCCGGUAAUGGGCAGAGAGAGGACUGGAAAAACGAAGACGGCUGACGAGGUGAUCCCCCAAUACGCCCAGCAGCUGAGGGAGCGUGUGCGGCCUGACAUGAUCACGCUUGGCAGCCUUUCACUGCAGCAGCAAACGGCUGAGAAGAGACCCCUGAAGAAGAGUGAGUGGGCAAAGAGAAAGAAGAGACUAAUGGCCUUCUUCACCGGCAGUGUGAAGGAGCCAAAUUCACAAAGAGACGGCGACGUGGCGGCGAGACUGCCGCCCCGCUUCAACACGCUGCUUCAGUGCGGCGGAAACAUUGAAAGCCCGUCACUCAGAGCGCUGGGAGAAGGCCAAGAAGAGACGGCGGCCAAAUACGGCCAGAUGAUGGAGCUCCCAGAAUCCUCCUCUGCAGCAUCGCAGUCCCCGUGGCAGGGAACCCAUAACGCAUCCCCGCAGCCCCUCGAAGUGUGUGUGUGUUGCCUGAGAGCGACCAGGGACAAGCUUCCCAGAGGCCUCUACUCCGUCAGCGUGGCCCUUCACGGCCGCCUCGGCGGUCCAGCUCUGGCCUGCUGCGGUCAGAAAGAGCAGCAGACUCGGGCGGUUUCCACCGAGCCGUACGAGCACCGGGGCCGAUUCUACGACAUCGACCUGCACAUCAACCAGAGCGUGUUUAUGAUCCUACCUGCCGCCGGUGAGAUCACCCCCUCCAUGGUGCUCGUAUUCCACCUGAUCGCUGCGCCAGGAGACGGCAGCCACGUCAGUUCGGCGCUGGCCUGGGGGGCUUUUCCCGUUUGUGGGCCGAGUCUCGGUCUGAUCCAGGGCAGGUUCAAAACUCCACUGCUCAGAGGUAAACCAAGCACACAGCUGGACCAGUUUAAGAAAAUAGAAGCUCUCAUGUCUUCUGAUCUCGACCACUGGCUUUGCAACCUGUAUUUCAAGGUGAAAAGGUUUCCACCUGGAACAUAUGGGGCGUCGGAGCGCUGCAUCCAUGUAACCGUACCCUCCUCUAACCCCCCUGAUUUCCCCCAAUCCGAGGCCCGUCAUGAUCAACUCCAGAGCCAGCACAAGCUGUCUCCCCAGCCCAUCCAUCCCCAGCAGCCGUCGCACGCGGGCCCCAGCUGCAGAACAGGAGAGCCCACUGUGGGACAUUCUCACCGGGGGUCUCCUCUCCACCUGUCAGCUGAUUCUGCGUGCUCCUCCUCCUCUCUGCCAGGAAAGAAUUUCUCCUCAGGAGCCUUUUCUGAGAACACUGGAGAGAAGAGUGAUGCAUGCAGGGAGAAAGCAGAGGGUGGGAUCCUCCACAAGAAGAAGCCAAUCAAGAAGACAAAUAGCUGCGGCCCCAGCAUGAGCGGCAGGAGCGCGCCGCCUCGGCAGCCAGACAAACACAAGAUGCAGCCUUCAGUGGAGAACCUCUCCACGGAGGAGAUGGAGGAGUUUACGUUCUCCCUACAGUCGGCGGGGAUUGGACCCGGCUCCUGCCCCGCGUGCCUGUCCGACCGAGCCCGCCUGGCCCUCCGCAUGCUGCCGUCCGAGCUGGGCCUGCCGUUGCCGGGGCAACAACAACAACCGCACAGUGGCUGGCGCGGCUCCGUUCGUCAGCUCGGCCUCAUUAUGCUGCUGCUGGCUUUGAUGUGGUUUGUGAGGCUCUACCUGCAUUACUGCAGCCAGUGGCUCUACCUCCAGGCCAUCGCAGUUCCUGUCAACAAAUUCCGCUUCCACGCACACACCGUGGACCUCUUGUACCAGAGCUCUCUGCUCCACACCCGGGAGGAGCUGGCGAUGGUGGUGGUGGGUCCCCUGACCUUGAACGCAGUAACGUUCCUGCUGGUUCUGAUCAGAUGGGGCUGUCAACAGAUAUUUGGCUCACUCCCUUCCUUCACGUCAAAGUUUAUCAUGGCUCAGGGAGUGUGGACAGUCCUCGACCCCCUGGCAGUCUUUGCAGUGGACGCCGUCCUCGGGCGUCUGGCCUACAGCCCCGACGCACCGGUAGGCGAUGCUGCGAAGCUGUACUGGCACUUCUAUCGAGCCGACCAAUCAGGCGCAGCAGGGGUGAUCGUCACUCUCUUCCUCUACGGAGUCAUUUUCCUGCUCUCGGCCACCAUCCUCUUCAUUUACCUGCUCAGAUUCCACAACGACGGCCGCAUGCUGGACGUCUUUCAGCGCCUCACGGCCAAAGAAGGGGUGUACUUCGUGCCUCACGACCUCGAGCUGUCCAAUCAGGAGCUGAGCUACAUAGUGAAGAAGGCAGAGCAGUGGAGGGGCUUCAGCGGGGAGAGGCGCAAGGUGGUGGUCGAUGACUAUAUCUGGACGUCAGAUGAACCCGCGCCAAGUUCGGCGGCCUCUGGAGACGAGCCGAGCAGGCGAGGCGCGCCGCUACCAGAGGGCGAGACGAGCACCCAUGUGACAGUGUACACACUGUCCCUGAGAGGGCUGAAACAGAGAUUCAGACAUUUCCUCCGGCAACCAGACGGAGCCAUCCUGGAGGUGACGGGCGGCGCGGAGGGCGUUGAGAAUGCAGCCGGCAUGCUGCCCUGCCCAGGCCGGACCUGCGCCGCCAAUCAGAGGGAGGAUAAAGGAGGGGCCAGUUCCUCACUUCAGUUGCGGCAGCGGAAGAGGCUGUUUGGGCGGUUGCACCGCGUUGAGCCAGUGGGAGGAAGCGGGUGUGGCUCCAGUUUUGCACUGCAAGACCUCAACCGGUGAUUUCAAAGAAAAGACUUAAAC